UCUCCUCUUUCUCUUCUCUCUUCUCUGUUCUCUCUCCCUCUCUCUCCUCUAUUUGUGACGGAAACCCUGGCGAUGGAGACGGCGAGUUCCGACGAAGCUUCGGGAGGGCUCUUCCUCGCGGCGAUUCGAACCCUAAAAGCGUUUGUUUUGGAUCGGUGGAUGCUUUCGAUGGCCCCGAUCUGGUCGAUUCGGAGGUUCCCUCCAGUUUUCGGUGGGUUCCGUGGGAUUCUUUGAGGGGGGGUCGGUAAAGGUCUCGCCUUUUUGGGUGGAUUCGGCGAUUCGGGCUCGUUUUGGAAUCUGCGGGGUUAUGUGGUUAGGGCUUUGAUUGGGGGGAUUUGGUUCGAAAUGGAAUUGUAAGGGUUUUUCUUGGUGUGUGAUGCUCGUUUGCGCAUCGGGUAGAGGCGGAGGAGGAGGCGGCGAGGAGGAGGAGGAGGAGGAGGAAAAGGUGAAAGGACGGAGCGGGGAGAGAGAGAUCGAUCCAUGGGGGAGUCCCUCCUCACCACCUUGUCCAUGGAGAACCACCACCCUUCCACCCUCCUCUCCAUGGACCCCGCUGGUGCCGGCCCGCCGCCGCAAUCUGCGGCCCUCAACCCUCACAACGACUGUAACGGUAACGAUCUCUUGAUUCAACGGCAGCAGAUCAUCCUGUCGGGCCCGCCGGAUAUCAACCUCCCCCUCUCUUCGGACCCCUCUACUACCCACAGUCCGUGGGGCUCCGAUGCUUGCGACCUGUUCGAUGUUAAUCUCGGGGCCCAUAUCUAUGAUUCCGAUACCGCCCUCGCCCUCCCCAAAACCAACGGCAAUGGAAGCGGCAGCGGAGUUGCUACCAGGAAGUGCGCCAAGAGGGGAGAUAGCAUCUGGGGCGCGUGGUUCUUCUUCAAUUUCUAUUUCAAGCCUGCUUUAGUUGAGAAAUCCAAGGGGAAAAUUGUUCGUGAUGCUAAUGGGGUUUCCGGAUUUGAGAAAACCGAUCUCCGGCUUGAUGUGUUCUUAGUCCAGCAUGAUAUGGAGAACAUGUAUAUGUGGGUCUUCAAAGAGAGGCCUGAGAAUGCUCUUGGUAAGAUGCAGCUUCGGAGUUACAUGAACGGGCACUCUCGGCUUGGUGAACCACAGUUCCCGUUCAGCGUAGAUAAAGGGUUUGUUCGGUCCCACCGCAUGCAGCGUAAGCACUACAGAGGGUUAUCUAACCCGCAAUGCCUUCAUGGUAUAGAGAUCGUGAGGUCGCCCAAUUUGUCGGUAGUCCCAGAAGCCGAUCGGAAGAAGUGGAUGGAGCUCACAGGAAGGGAGCUUAAUUUCUCAAUUCCUGUUGAAGCAGGUGAUUUCGAAUCAUGGAGGAAUCUCCCCAGCACCGAUUUUGAGCUCGAGAGGCAGCCUCCUUCGUCAAAAACCACCAUGCAUCUUCACCAGAAGAAACUAUGUAAUGGCUCUGGCCUCAACUUAUCCACACAGCUGUUGAGCCAUACUUCUGGGGAUGGAACUGGAGAUGCAUCUGGCAUGUGUAAUAAACGCAAAAAGGAUUUCUUUCCCCAUGCAAUGGAGGAAGAUUGCUGCUUAGCUAGUAAUUCUUGUUCAGACGGGGCCCAGGACAUGGAUAUUCAAGCCUCUGAGCCAUCCUGGGUGCAUGACUUCACUGGCGUGAUGAGGCAUGCGUGUGGACCUGUGACCGCUGCGAAGACAAUAUACGAGGAUGAUGGGGGUUACUUAAUAUUGGUCAGCCUGCCUUUCUCUGAUCUGCAGAGUUUGAAGGUUUCUUGGAGAAACACAAUUACUCAUGGGGUAGUGAAGAUAUCUUGUGUUAGUACAGCUCGAAUGCCUUUCAUAAAAAGACACGAUAGGACCUUCAAGCUUACAGACCCUUCUCCUGAGCAUUGCCCUCCAGGUGAAUUUAUUAGGGAGAUACCAUUGGCUACACGGAUCCCAGAAGAUGCUAAACUGGAGGCGUACUAUGAUGAAUCUGGAACUGGGUUGGAGAUUAUGGUCCCAAAACACCGUGUUGGACCAGAAGAACAUGAAGUUCAUGUGUGCAUGCGCCCGCCUCAUCUUGGAUCAAAUGAACUUCUGUUGAGUUGAGAAGGGAGUGAUUUGCGAGCAUGGCAGGUUGCCUUGGCCCACUUUCCAUUUAUUACUAACUCUGUACUAUACGAUGAUAUGCAUGGACGAAACUACAUCUUUACCAUUAGCACUUUAUUUUGCUACUCAGUUUUGCUUAGUACUUCGGACUGCUUCUAUGAUUGGUUGGAGCAAAUGCUGGGAUUAUUGAAUUGUUGCACAUUUGGGAGUUUUGAGGAAACCGGUACAAACUACAGAGUCCGUUGCUGGGUCAUUUUCUCUAUCUUUGGCUUUUUACAUUUUGAAAUGGAUACUCAAGAGUUAACUUUUCUUCCCCCUAGUAUCUUUCUGUGGUCAAAGUGUUUUUUUUUUUAAUUUUUUUUUUUUUUUUAUAACCUUCUUUAGUGCUUAUGGAUAUGUUGGUGGUUCCUCCAUUUACUUUUCUACAGAAUAUAACAAGUUGAUGAUUGUAUAGAUAUUGGUAGUUCAUUGACGUUGUUAGGGGGCUUACUAUUGUUCUGUGGUAAUUCUUGAACAAAGCAUCUCUUUUAUUUGAUGGAGAAUGGCAACAAAUUAAUGCUUCUACAAUUUCAA